AUUUCAAUUAACUUAGAGAACGAGUAGAAAAGAGCAUGUUUGGUUUUUAGGACAAGAUUUGGGGGCAAAACCGCGAGAAGAGAAGGAGAAAAGGAACACUGAGCAGAAACAACAGAUGGGUAAACCAAAUCCACAGAAAUCGGGUACCGGCGGCGACCUUCACGCGGCGGCAAGGUCCGGUGAUCUGAUAGCAGUUCAGUCAAUUUUGAUUUCAAAUCCUCUGGCCGUCAAUUCCAGAGAUAAGCACUCUAGAACACCACUACAUUUAGCAGCAUUUUCUGGGCAAACAGAAGUAGUCAGUUACCUCUGCAAGAACAAGGCUGAUGUCGGUGCUUCUGCUAUGGAUGAUAUGGCCGCAAUACACUUCGCGGCACAGAAGGGACAUUUAGAAGUUGUUCGAGCUCUGGUUUCAGCUGGUGCCUCUUUCAAAGCCUCUACUCGGAAAGGUGUGACUCCAUUACAUUUUGCUGUUCAAGGUUCCCAUCUGGAACUUGUCAAGUACUUAUCCAAGAAAGGGGCAAGUCUCACUAUCAAGACAAAGGCAGGAAAGACCCCGUUGGAUCUUGCUACCAAUGAUGAAGUCCGCGCCUUUCUAGAGGGAUUUGAAAAGUCAGCUAAGAAUGGAGAGUCGAAGAACGAAGAUAAAACUGAAGGUUCUGAUCCAAAAGAAAACGAAGAAUCCGAUCCAAAAGCAGCUGAAGAAUCUGAUCCAAAGGCAUCGUCCUCUUUAGGAUCCGAAGGUAAUUUGAGUUGCGAACCUCCUGCAGCUUCUGUUGAUGAAGAAAGUGGUGAGAAAGAGAAGAGGAAGGGUAAUGAAGAUGAUGCAAGGGAAAACUCUUCACAUCCGAAAAAGGCGAGAGUUCAACUAAGCCAUCUCCAAAGUUCAGAUGAUGUCCAAGAAGAAGAGACCCUGUAGGUUGGUAGAGCAUAAUAGAAUGGAUUUUUUUUUUUUUUAUCAUAGUCUGUAAUAUACUAAUAGUAUCUGAUUUAUAAUCCCUCUGUUGGGUUGGUAGAUUGGGCCAUCUAAUGACUGUUAAUGACACUUUUCCUGAACUAACACAAUAUUAUCAUUCGACAGUUUGUCCUCU